AUGGCUUACCCAUACAUCGACACCCCGCGCACCGAAGUCGACGGGAACGCGACUUACCUGACGAAUGGCUAUCGCAGCGUCGGACGGCACAAUCUAUCGGCCCUCGACUCGGUCGAAAACUCAUUCCAGACACCCUCAAAAGAUGAAGAUGUUCUCAAGGUUCUCGGCGACGGGCGCAGACGUAGCUCUGCAGGAUCGAAGCUCAACACACCCCGGGCGACUGGCGGCCCGAAGUCAACGAGGAGCGCGUUAAAUUCACGGCAACAGCUUCCCACGACGGGUGUGAAGGGUGAAUUCACCCCAAUGCUAAAGAGCGCCAUGAAGAACAAUUACAUGAAAAAUACGUCAACGCGAGGAGGGCCCAGCGCGCCGAAAACCCCAUCUUACCUGAGGCCGGGCUAUCGGAGUAAUGGAAACACGCCAGGGUUACCUGGAGCGGAUAUGACAGGCAUUGAUGAGGAAGACGCGACGGUCGAUGACCCGACACCUGUUCCCCAAGUAGCCAGCAGCAGUGUCCAGAGCACGCCGCUCCCAGGGCUUACUAGUAGAGAUGGAAACAUCCUCGGCGAUGGGAAUAAUAUGACAUUAAAAGAACAGGAAAAGAUAAUCGAUAAGCUUGACAAGGACAACUUUGGGCUCAAAUUGAAGAUCCACUUCCUCCAAGAACAAUUAGAAAAGGCCGGGCCAGCCUACAGCCAUACAGCGCUGCUGGAGAAUACAGAACUCAAGGUCUCGAAAUUGACGAUGCAACGCGAUAUCUCACGGUAUAAAAAGGGUCUCCAACAAGCCGAACGCGACCUGGAAGCCUACCGCCAACAGUUCCAGGACCUCAAGGAAAAUAUGCGCAGAAGACAUACGGAUGAGACUGUACAACGUGAGAUGGAGUCGAUGCGGGAGGAGCUCGAUAGCAGGGACCAGCGUGUGAGGGAACUCCAAGAGCAAUUAAGGGAAGCAAAGGACUCGCAGUCAGAGGAAAUCGACAAGCUGCGAGAUGACAUUGAGGACUUGGAAAUGUCCCUCAGGGAGAAAGACCGCACAAUUGAGGAGCGCGAAGAGGAGAUCGAGGAACUGAAAGACAAAGACGGCCAAGAAAAUGAUGCACUGUCUGAGUUGGAAUCGGAGCUUCGACGAGCCAAGGAACAGUUG